UACAGAUGAUAGGCAAGAUUCAAGCUGCUUCGUCCAGAGGCGAUAGGAAAAUUAUCGAGAGGGACCGAAGAACCCAAAUGAGGGCUCUCUACUCCAAGCUCAACUCGCUCCUCCCUCAUCAAUCCUCCACGGAGCUGGUUUCGCAGUCGGAUCAACUAGAAGAGGCUGCGAACUACAUAAAGAAGAUUCAGAUAAAGUUGGAGAAGCUGAAUGAGAAAAAACUUAGCCUUAUGGGAAUCGAAAAUGAACUGUCAAAUACUUGCAACAGAGGAACGAUCAUUUUGGAGUCCAAAUCACCCAAAGUUGAGAUUCACCAAAUGGGUUCAGCAUUGGAGGUUUCUGUGAUUACUGGGUUGGAUUGCCAGUUCAUUUUCAACGAGUUCAUUAGCAUUCUUCACGAAGAAGAAGCCGAUGUUGUUCAUGCCAGUUAUUCAGUCGUUCAUGAUGCUGUUUUUCAUACCAUACACAGUCAGAUAGGAGAUGGUGGUAACAGAGCUGGGAGGAUAUCGGAGAGAUUAAAGAGGUUUGCGUAUGGUUCUGGUGCAUUUUGAAGAAAACGGCAAUGGCAGCACUGAUUUGUGGAAAUCUGAUGAAUUUCAAUGUGAAGUAACCAGUUUCCGAGUUUGCAAUGAAAUAAGUUCAUACUUCGCAUAUAUAUGUAUAUAUGAACUCAUCAUUUGAUCUUUGUCAUCUACAAACGGCCAGCAAAAUUUCCACCUGAUCUCUGCUGUUGCGUGUGACUGAUCAGUGUGUGUAUCGUACUUUUCACCGUUGUUCUGAUAGGG